GCUGCACAAGGAGGAAUUCCGCCACGUCAUCGCCUGGCAGCAGGGCGAGGACGGGGAGUUCGUCAUCAAGGACCCUGACGAGGUGGCCCGGCUCUGGGGGCGCAGGAAAUGCAAACCCCAGAUGAACUACGACAAACUGAGCCGGGCGCUGAGGUACUACUACAACAAGCGCAUCCUGCACAAGACCAAGGGCAAACGCUUCACCUACAAGUUCGACUUCAGCCACCUCCUCCUCCUCCGCUGCCCGCUGUGGGAUGCCCGCAGCCUGUGCCGGCCGCCUGCAAUGCCGAGCCAGGUACGGGAUCCACGGACCCCUCUGGGCACCCAGCACCAUCCCCCCUGCUGCCACAUCCCCUUCUUGUGCCCGCAGUGGGGUUCAAACGCGCUGCGCAGCCGGCACUGGGGUCCCCAGCACCCCGAUGCGCUGGGCAGGAGGGAGAGCACCCCUGGGAGCAGUGAGUGUGGGGCCAGCACCCGGCCAUGGGCACCGGCUCUGGGUGCUGGAUGCGGGCCGCGGGGCUUGGCGCAGGCAGGAGGGCGCUGCCUGCAUCCUGCCCGCGGUUCCUGGUCCCACAGCAGCACCCAGUGGCUGUGCUGGGAGAGGAUGGGGAGCCCCAUUCCCGCUCUCCUGUUGCCCUCAGGAUACAGCUCCGCGGCCCCCCCAUACUUGGGGGGCUCCUGCUGCCGGUUUGGGGGCCCGGAGCUGCUGCCCUGCCUGGCUGCCUGCCCCCCCCCGCUGGGACCCCCAACCUGGGACCCCUUCCCCUCCUGCCCCCCAGCUCCGCUGCUGCCCCCCAAGCCGGGGGUCCCCACAUCCCUGCUCCUGCACCCCCGUUUUCCCUAUGGAACGGGGCUGGAGCGCCCAACCCGGCCAGGACAGGAGAGCAAAGAGGAGGAGGAAGGCGCCACCGCUGGGGUGAAGCUGGAGCUCCAGGGCACCAGCAGAACAGGGGUGCCCCCCAUCUGA